CUGCUUGGCAGCCUGAAGCUCAGCUCAACAACAGCCCGGAUGUACUGUAGCACUGUCUUCACAUCAAUAGGGAUUGUAAGCACACAGGAGAGCAAUAACAUGGCGCUGGCAGUAAUAUAACGGAACCGAGAGGAAAGAAAAAACUGAAAUGUAACGCUCAUAAUUAAAAACAGCAGUGUGUGUGUGUGUUUCAGGUUUGCCAGGAUUUUCCAACAUGUUUGGAAAGAAAAAGAAAAAGCUGGAGAUCUCUGCCCCCUCAAACUUCGAACAUCGCGUUCACACAGGCUUUGACCAUCGUGAGCAGAAAUUCACGGGCCUUCCCCAGCAAUGGCAAAGUUUACUGGCAGACACGGCAAACAGACCCAAACCCAUGGUGGACCCAUCAUAUAUCACACCCAUUCAACUAGCUCCUAUGAAGAUAUCUCCCAAGAAAGUCCGGUCCGCUGAAACGUCAUUACGAAAAACCAUAGUAAGAGGAAACAGACCUCAGAAAGAUGCCUCCAUCAAUGGCUUGCUGGAAGACUUUGACAGCAUUUCUGUAACCCGUUCAAACUCUUUACGAAAGGAAAGCCCUCCUGCACCGUACCAGUCAAACUCCAAUCACAUUCAAGAGCGCCCUGAAGAAAAUGGCUUCAGUCAUUACUACUCCAGAUACUCUUGUGACUUGGACACAGCUAAAGAUUUUCCUUUGGAGCCCUUUAGAGAAAAGGGUAGUUUUGAAGAGGACUGGGGAAGAUACUACAAAUCAACUAAACAAAAUGGACAUUCUACAAAAACUAGAGGGGCAGAUCCUUUUUAUCCGGAUGCUAUGCCCCAAAAGUCAGACUUUUCUAAAAUGCCUCCAGAUUACCACACUUACAUGGAGACAAAGAUUAAAUCAGCAGAUCUUAUUGUGGCAAACCGGGACAAUUAUAGAGGUUCUGCAAGCAGUUAUCCUCAUGAUUACAGGGAGCAACCUCAAGGCACACCCUCAAGGACUUCCAUUCAUAGUGAAAGAAUUGAUUACUCAGAUAGUGACUGGGGAUACGGGCCCCCAAGAGAAGAUUAUGAGAAGAGACCAAAGUCAUCCUAUGUAACCCAGACCAGCCCUCAACCAGCCAUUAGACAGCGGUCCAGGUCAGGAUCUGGCCUGCAGGAACCUAACUUGCCAUAUGGAGCUAGUGCUUUUAAAUCAACACAGCAGGGUCAUGCAUACAGUUCAUACACCUAUCCUCGUCUCUCUGAAACUGUGACUGCCUCAGGUAUUCCAAAGGUGGAUUAUGAAAGAGCACAGAGAGAUGUAAGCCCACAGGUGCCUGGUGCAGAAACUUACUCUAUGAGCCCAACAAAACUACCUCAAAGUCAAACCAAGCCAAGCUACCCAGGUGGUUACCAGUACCCCACAACAUACCACAAACCAUCUCCGUACCAUCACCCCCCUGCACAGCCCAGUCCUCAGUAUGGGGCUCAAGCUUCUUACUCCCAGCCCUCGUCUCCCUACAUUCCUCCUGGUGCUUACCCUCCUCCGAGCUGGGGUUCCUCCUCGGACCAGCAGCCCUCGAGGGUGUCCCACGAACAGUUCAGGGCGGCACUCCAGCUGGUGGUGAACCCUGGUGACCCCCGGGAAUACCUGGACAACUUCAUCAAGAUCGGAGAAGGCUCCACUGGCAUUGUGUGCAUCGCCACAGAAAGGCACACCGGCAAGCAGGUUGCAGUAAAGAAAAUGGACCUCAAGAAACAACAGAGAAGGGAACUGCUAUUCAACGAGGUAGUUAUAAUGAGAGACUACCAUCAUGAAAAUGUGGUUGACAUGUACAACAGCUACCUUGUGGGGGAUGAGCUAUGGGUCGUCAUGGAGUUUUUGGAAGGUGGUGCUUUGACUGAUAUUGUAACCCAUACCAGGAUGAAUGAAGAACAAAUAGCAACAGUGUGUUUGUCAGUGUUGAAGGCUUUGACAUAUCUCCAUACUCAAGGUGUUAUUCACCGGGAUAUAAAAAGUGAUUCAAUACUUCUCACAAGUAAUGGAAGGAUAAAACUCUCAGACUUUGGCUUCUGCGCUCAAGUUUCCAAGGAGGUUCCUAAGAGGAAGUCACUGGUUGGCACUCCUUACUGGAUGGCACCAGAGGUGAUUUCUAGAUUACCAUAUGGAACUGAGGUAGAUAUUUGGUCCCUUGGCAUCAUGGUAAUCGAAAUGGUGGACGGAGAGCCUCCUUAUUUUAAUGAGCCCCCACUUCAGGCAAUGAGGAGGAUACGAGACAACUUGCCUCCAAGGUUAAAGGACACCCACAAGGUUUCAUCUGUCCUGAGAGGGUUUCUAGACUUGAUGUUGGUGAGAGAACCUUCGCAGCGAGCUACUGCACAGGAACUACUGCGCCAUCCAUUCCUGAAACUGUCUGGACCUUCUUCCUGCAUCGUGCCCCUGAUGAGGCAAUACAGGCACCGCUGACAAGGAGCAGAAUACUUCAACUGUGAAAAGCGACUUAAUAGAUUGAAACCCUUAACAGCAAAAGCUUAGCAGCUUAGACAUUGGCUACAAUUUGUGAGAUACAUGUUUGCCAGUUUUGCUUUUAUGCAAAAAGCACAUAAUCUAACUACAGUAAGCUUAAGAAGAGGCACAGCACCUUUUCAGAAUUGAUAAAAACGGGAUCCAGUGAGAUCUUCUCCGGGAUCCAUUUCUAUAUCCAGAGAUGAUAAGUGUUGACUUCUAUUACUGAGUGUCUAGCUGUUGACUUCUAGCACUUUUGGAGCGCUGCUUUUUUGGGGAGUCAAGUAAUCUACCUUCCAGACAACGCAGGAGCUGAAUUCCAUGAAGCCCCACUGCCCCUGUCAGAAUAAUACAUUUUUACUUAAUGGGAAUUGUAUGGCGUUUUGUACGUUGAGAAGGGCUGGCUGUAUUUCUUCGGUUUAAAAAAAAGCACUUUUCUCUUCUAACACUAGCAGUAUGAUGUAUUUUAGAGCAACUGUAAUUUUAUGUACAGUUUUUGAUAAUUUGCAGUAUCUUGUUGUGAUGUAACGAUUGUGAUAUGAACAGUAUUAAAUAUAAUUUAACUAGAUUUUCAGCAAAGAUCUUUCCUACUGUUUGUAAUCCCUUUUUAAAAAUAAGAAAGCCUGUACAAGAAAAUAGAACUAAACAUAAACUAUGAGAAAGUGUGUAUCGAUAACUAGACUAUAAAUGUGAAGAUGCAAACAAAAUUUGUAUGCGUUGGAAUAUUAGUCAAUUAAAAAAAGGGUAAUUCCAGAUUUUUGUAUACUAUUUAUAGUAUGAUUUAUUUUUUGAAUAAUUGAAGAUUUAUUUUUCAGUAGUAUUGCCUUUUUAGUUUUGAGAUUUCAACGGGCAGUUGUUUUGGUUAUUUUAUGUACAGUGAGCAAGCAAUAUUUACUUGUUCAAUCACCUCUUUUGUCUUUAUAUAAAUAUCAAAGGUCUUGUGUAAUUAUAGUGCUUUUCAGAAAUCAAACUAGAGCCAUAAAAUAUGUGCAAGAUGUUUUUUUUUUUUUUUGUAUAUACCGUAAACAAAUAAAUAACAAUCUGAUAUGGUCUAACUUUAGGUAGUAGUUACGAUGCCUAGUUUUCUUUGAGGUAUUAUCCAAUCACUGUAUCACAAAUAAAAAGCACUAUGAAAAAAGUAAUGAUUUGAAAAUACCAAACCCUGAAUAUUUUUAACAUGCUUUGACCUCUCUGCCCGAUGUAUAAUCUGUAUUUAAUAAAUUAUUGUGCUUCUGGAGCUAUGUCAAUAUGCUUGAAUCAGGUAUAAUCUUAAUUAAUUUCUUUUUUUGUUUGUUUUAGUUAUCAUUUUAAUGUGUAAAUAUGAACACAUUAACAAGUGUGCUGCUGUCUAAACUUUAAUGAAUGUUAAAACUUGAAUGACUACUAAAUAAAUGUGCUGUUGCUUGUUGGGUGAAAGUGCAUGCUCGUUGUUAGUAAAUCUGGAUUUGGUUAUAAAUAAACACAAACACAAAUGAAAUCAAAGAUUUAUUGUAAAUACCUUCUGUCAGCUUUAUAUACAGAUUCAAGAGAGGACAAAGAAUAAGGGUUGGUGACUGAAGGAUAAUGAACUGACUGCUACCAUAACGGGCUUGUUCUUCAGUAUACAAGCCUAGUCUAGGGUAAUUAAGCAUCCCUGAAUUAGACCUUAUAUAAGUAAGAAGAGUGCUACAUUCUUGUACUGCAAUUUCAACUGUCAUUUUAAAGCUCUAUUAUGUUCUUACAUUGUUUUUUCAUUCUAUAUUUGUGUACAAUUAUAAUAGUAAUUGUCGUGAAAAUUAAGAGGCGUAUUUUAGAGUAGAUUUUUUAAAUAAAACAUAUUUUAAAAGAUGAUAUUAAGUUACCCUUUCAGCACUGAGGAGAACAAUGCAAAGAUAUACACUCCCUGAAGUUGAAAAGAAUAGUUUGAGAAACGGUCCUAAUUAUCGUCCUAAACAGCUGACUAAUUUUAUAACUGUUUCUUUUAAGUUUUUAAAACCUGUAAAAAAACAACU